AUGGCAACAUCAAUCAAAACUCCUGAAAAAAGAAUGUCUCGUGUAUCUUGCGUUGAUACAAGUUACAGACUAAUUGAUGAAAUAAAACAUAUCGUUAUAAACCUUAAGAGGAGUAAAAAAAUCUUUGACCCAAUUAUUCACUCCUCAUCAGAGACUGUUCGAGCCUUACAUUAUGUGAAGUAUGAAGUUGAAUUAUAUUUUCAACAAUAUGAGGAUGCCUUUAAUAGAUAUAAAAUUUCGUUAGAAAAUAUAAAAGAAUUCGCGAAAGAAAUAGAACAUGAGAAUUGUGAAAAAAGAUUACAUCCAAUUCUAAUUAAAGCCAUAAUGGACAAACAAGAACGUCAACAGGAAGAUAUUAUGAAUAUUCAUAAGAUUUUAAAAACUAUUCCCGAUGGCAAUAAGAAUGAAAAGAUUGCCCAAAUUGAAAAGAUAAUUCAAAAUAUAAUCCAAAGAUCAGAUUUAGAUAUCAAUGUUCCACGUAUCGAUUCUGCAUUAUUAUUUGAUCCUCCUCGAGCAGGGGAAAAUCUUGAAAAUGGACUAGAUAGAACGACAGAAUGGGAUCUAGAAGAUUGUUUCGUAAUGCUUCUAUGGGAACUAGCAUUCCAAAGGAUUCCCUAUGAAAACAUGAGUAAAGAUAAAAUUAUUGCUCAUGUUACACAGGGUCGUAGAGAAACCCCAAAUCAACCUUUUUUCACAUUGGACGUUCUUAACAUUCAAAGAAAAUAUCUAAAAAUAAUUACAGAUGGAUGGGAUAAUAAACCAGAAAAAAGAAUUACAAUGGAUGAAAUUCUAUGGAGAUUUUUAAAUAUUGAAGCUGAACUUGCUAAACUUAAGAAAGAUAAUUUGGGUUCUGCUAAACGCUUAAGGUCUAUUUCAUAUCCUGAGAAGUCUAUUUACAAUUUCAAGCGAUUUCCAAAUCAGUUAAAAUCUAAAGAAAGUUUAGCACUGAAUUUGGAAGGUGUGGAUGAAGAAGAUAUUCCAUAUUUUAUAAAAUCACCAAUGGAUAUUGAUUUCAAUUCAAAAAGAUGGAAAUUAGAAAAACCAAAUAAGAUUGAACCGGUUCCAACGAGAUUGUCAAGCGUAGUUGAAGCACCAAGCGACGCUCCAUAUUCUUCAGAGAAAUAUAAAGAAAUCAUAUCUAAGCAAAAAGAGGAUGGUAGCAUUGAAUUAGAUGAUUCAGUAUGCAAUGAAUUAAACGCUCCUAAAGAAGAUAUUAUUACUACAAUCAAAAAUAACAUUACUAGCAAAAAUCUUCAAUUACCAGAAUUCUCAUCAAGUCUUGAAACUGCUAUUAACCUUUCAUAUCUAAAAAAUUUUGCAUCUCAACAUGAAGAUGAAUGGAGAGAUAACUAUAAUAAAGCCCUUGAAUAUCUUUCUAAACAAAUUGGAGAUGGAGAUGCUGAAAAGGAAUUAUUAGAGUGCGCUGAUAAAUAUGUAGCCAAUAAAGUAACGGGCAAAGUAAUUGAGGAAAAGAAAUGGGUUUCUGAGAAAGAUGAAAUACCAAAAGCCGAAAAACAUAAAGGCAAAAGCUUUUUAGGUGGUAUUUAUGAAACAGUUUCUUCUAAGAUUGGUGAGAUUAGUGAUCAAAUUGGAAAUACCCUUACAUCUGAUAAGAACAAACAUGAAGAACCAGAACAAAGAAGCGAGCAUGAGAAAAAGAAGGAAUCUGGAAGUAGCUAUUUUGGAGAGCCUAAGAUAGAGGAGGAACCUGAAAAAAAACCAGAAAAGAAAAGUGAGCAUAGGAAGGCCUUUUUUGGUACUCCUGAUAAAGAGGAGGUCUCCUCGAUUUCGCCUCUGGUUCACCCCACAGUUAGCAAAGACGAUUAUAAAGCAGAUAUUCUUAAUGCAAUUCAGGAUGAAACAACUCAGACUAUUAUUCUCAAUAAACAUAUCGAAGAUAUUAUUACCGAUGACAAAGAACCAGAUCAAUCUGAAAAGGAAGACGCAUUUGACACCACUAAGGAAUCUGUUACUCCUGAGAUCUGUAAAGCUAUUACUUCUACAGCGGAUGAUGAUGGUCGUAUUGAAUUAAAUGAAACAGUGUGUAAAGAAUUUGAUCUUUCAAAGGAGGAAAUUAUUAAUGCGGUUCAGAACAACAUUACUAAUAAAAAACUUAAAUCGCCUGGAUUGCUCUCAACUGCUAUUAAUCUUUCUUACCUUAAAAACGCCGCGCCUGAAUUUGAAGAUCAGUGGAAAAAUGAAUACGAUAAAGCUCGUGAAUAUCUUUCGAAGCAAAUAAGAAAUGCUAGUGCUGAGAAAGAACUUUUGGAGUUCACGGAUAAUUAUGUAAUAGACAGUUGUGCCAAAAAAGUCAUUAAAGAUAAAAAGAGGUUCGCUAUUGUACGUCUUCAAACAUCAAUAACUCCCGAUAAAUAUGAAGCAGCAGUAUCUAAACAAAAAGAGGAUGGAUCCUUUGAAUUGAGUGAGACUAUUUGUAAUGAAUUAGAAGUUCCUAUGGAAGACAUUAUGACUAAAGUCAAAAUGAACACCAAUAACAAAAGACUACAAUCUCCAAAGUCAGAUUUAUGGUGGAAGACAGCUCUUACUAUGAGUUAUCUUCAAGUGGCCGCACCUUAUUAUGAAAGCCAAUGGAAAGGUAAAUUUAACAAAGCUUACGAGUAUCUAUCUAAACAAAUUGGUGACGCGAAUAUUGAAAAAGAAUUAUUAAAGUGUACUAGUAAAUAUGUGAUUGAUCGAGCAUAUGAUCUUAAUAAUAGUCAAGAAAACAUUAUUUAUGUUCCAAAACUUGAUUUCAACGAAGAAAUUCUUCAAAAAGUUCAUGAAGACUUACGUUUCUCCGUCGAUGCCGACGCUGCUCGUACAAUUUGCAAUACUCAGCGAGAAGACGGUUCCUUUACCUUAGAUUCUUUAAUAACUGACCAUCUCGGUAUAAAGCCAGAAGAAGCUAUUAAAUCCCUUAAGCGGUUCGCUAUUAGUCCUAAACUUAGGGAAUGCGAUGACUCUGUUUGGCACACGGCUUUCACGAUCUAUUAUCUUAAGACUAUAUUAAUAAACUACGAAAAUGAAUGGCGAAAUGCUUAUGAUAAUGCUAAUAAAUGGUUGUAUAAACAGAUCAAUGACACGACAUUGGAGAAAGAAUUAUUUUCAGCGUGUGAACAAUAUUUAAUUUAUUCAACUAAUCUCAAAGAUGCGGAAAGACUCAAAAUUCUCAAACUUAGAGUCGACGACAAAACACGUAAAGCAAUUUUUGAUGAUUUACGCUCUAAUGUCACAGCAGAACUAGCUCGUUCACUUUGCUCUGCACAAGAAAACAAUGGCUCAUUUUCUCCAAACGCUUUAACUAUGUUGCGUCCGUUAAUUCCUUCUCCGGCCAGCACUGUUGAAUCUCUUAAACUUUAUGUUGGUAGUACAAAGCUUAGCACUUGUAUUGAUUCAAUUUGGUACACAGCCUUUACAAUUUAUUACUUUAAAAAUGUUUUGGUAAAUUAUAAGAAAGAAUGGCGCCAUGCAUAUGAUCGCGCCAGCAUCUGGAUAAAUGAGCAAAUUGACGAUGCUGAAGCAGAAAAGGAAUUAUAUUCUGCUUGUGAACAAUAUUUGAUCCACCAAGGUGUUGAUUUUAUUAACAAUCGAGGCAGAAUCGAAGAAUCUCAAGAAGAGGUCGAGGUUUUUGAAGUUCGAGUUAGCGAAGAAGUGCGUAAAGCUGUUCAUAAAAGUCUUCGUGAUGAUGUUACAGAGGAAGUCUCCCGCAUACUUUGCAACUCUCAAGAAUCCAACGGUUCUUUCACCCUACAUAAAUCAAUUUCCGACCAUCUUAAAAUUCCUUCAGCCGAUGAUGCCGUUGAGACACUCAAGUCUUAUGUAGGAAGUUUGUUCUUGAGAAGUCGUAAUCCGUCUGUAUGGUGUACAGCUCUUACAAUCACAUAUUUAAAAACUGUUUGUGAUAACUACGAGCAAGUAUGGAGACCUGCCUGUGAACGUGCAGCAGCGUGGAUUAGUCAACAAUGUAAAGACCCUGAAGAGGAAAAAGAAUUAUCCUCUGCAUGUGACCAAUACUUAAUCAAACAGGGUGUCGAAGUCCUUAAUGAAAAAAAUAGACGUCUUUCUAAAAGACAAGAAACAUCCAAGUCUAUGGAAACCCCUUUUAAACAACUUUAA